AUGUCUAGAUUUUUGACACUUGGAAACAUUAGGAGAGUUGCGCAAUCCAUUUACACAAACCAAAGGAGCACUUAUUUAGAUGGAAGGAAAUAUGGGCCAGUGGUUACAGGUGGGCUAUACUCCUCUCAAUACAGGUUAUACUCGCAACAUAUGCUCCCAAGUAGGAGAUAUGCUUCAUUCAUGGUGUGCAAAGUCAAGGAUGUAUUUCGUGAUAGCACUUUUCCCAAGAAAUUUUCUGGCCUCCCAACGAGUAACACUACAGCAUAUCAAGCCCAAGUUGCUUGGAAGAGGCUUUCCCAGAGGCCUUCUCACAAUGGUCGAACUUUUUCCCCCAUUGAUAGGAUUGCCCAAGCAGUUAGCUUGGCAGUGAGCCGCUCUUAUGUGGUUGUUCCUGGUGUAGUUGCCUUGACGUGUGGAAAUGUAGCAUUGGCACAAAGAUCAGCUAAUACAGAUCCCAUACAUCCACCAAAUGCUUUGUAUCUGCGUGCAGAAGAAAGGCAUGCUUUUUUUAUCACAUUAAUUCUUUCAGUACUGGAAGGUGUAAUCUUGUUGCUGAGAGCUCUUUAUUUAGGUGUUUUAUUCUCACCUAGCAUAGCAAUGGCUCCAUUUGCUGAUUGUCUUGGACCUCAGUUUCGAAAAAUGUGGCUUCAGGUUGUUCAUCAGACAUUGGAAAGAGCAGGUCCAGCAUUUAUAAAAUGGGGCCAGUGGGCAGCUACACGGCCGGAUCUCUUUCCUCGAGAUUUAUGUACCGAGCUUUCAAAGCUUCACACCCAAGCUCCUGAACACAGCUUUUCCUAUACAAAAAAGACCAUUGAAAGAGCAUUUGGUCGUAAGCUUUCUGAAAUUUUUGAAGAUUUUGAAGAGGCACCAGUAGCAUCUGGAAGUAUUGCCCAAGUACAUCGAGCUUCUUUGAGGUACCAAUACUGUGAUAGAGAGAUCAAGCCUAUGUUAGUUGCCGUAAAGGUUAGGCAUCCUGGAGUUGGUGAAUCAAUAAGAAGAGAUUUUGAGAUAGUUGAUCUAAUAGCAAAGAUCUCAAGAUCCAUACCUACUCUGAAGUGGUUGAGAUUGGACGAAAGUGUCCUGCAGUUUGCGGUUUUUAUGAUGUCUCAGGUUGAUCUUGCAAGGGAAGCUGCCCAUUUGAGCCGUUUCAUUUAUAAUUUUCGCAGUUGGAGGGAUGUUUCAUUUCCAAAGCCUGUAUAUCCACUUGUACAUCCUGCUGUCUUGGUGGAAACUUUUGAGCAAGGGGAAUGUGUCUCACGCUAUCUUGAGGAGCUUGAGGGUCAUGAGAAAAUUAAAAGUGCACUUGCCCACAUUGGGACUCAUGCACUUCUGAAGAUGCUUCUGGUGGACAACUUUAUUCAUGCUGACAUGCAUCCUGGAAACAUCCUUGUCCGUGUAUCUCAGAACAAAUCUUCACGGAAACGGCUCUUCAAAUCAAAGCCUCAUAUUGUUUUCCUUGACGUAGGCAUGACUGCUGAACUUUCCAAGAAUGAUCGAGUAAAUUUACUGGAUUUUUUUAAGGCUGUUACUCGUCGAGACGGCCAUACUGCAGCAGAAUGCACGCUGAAAUUAUCAAAGCAACAGAACUGCCCUAAUCCAGAGGCUUUCAUUAAGGAGGUGAAAGAGUCGUUCGAUUUUUGGGGUACUCCAGAAGGUGAUUUGGUCCAUCCUGCUGAUUGCAUGCACCAUUUACUAGAGCAAGUUCGGCGUCAUAAAGUCAACAUUGAUGGCAAUGUCUGCACUGUGAUGGUUACGACUAUGGUUGUUGAGGGUUGGCAGCGGAGGCUUGAUCCAGAUUUUGACAUAAUGCAUACCCUACGGACAUUCUUACUCAAAGCUGACUGGGCAAAAUCACUUUCCUACACGAUUGAAGGGCUCAUGGCGCCAUGA